ACCACGGAACUCUACCAACGACCGACGCUUUUGAGAAAAAAAAAACGCUUAUUUCUACGUGGCGUCAUCAUCGAGAUAAAUUUCACCAGUGAGAUGAGUUUACUCCACUGUGCGCUGUCGCGAGUGUGCGGUCAAUCGUGAGUCGAUUUCAGUGAUUUCCUUCUCCAACGAGGACGAGAGGAAAAGUUGUCUCUUUCGUUUUUCUUUUUACUUUUUUUUGGUGGUAGUGGUGGUGGUGGUUCGGAACCUAUCCCAUCCAUAUCUACGUUUACGUACCACACGUUUCGUGGUGGAUAAAUCGUGGUGGAUAAAACUUGCCUCUCAUUCGUGUGCAACGUUUUCUAUAACGUUUGUAAGAAGAGAAGAAGAGGAGGGAAUAUAUAAUUGAAUCGUCUGAAAGAGAGUGACUGAAAAAUUUCAACGGUGAUUUGUGCCGGAUUUAUCGUUACAUUUACUACUACUAAUAAUAAUAAUUGCUACGCUCGGAUUCUCAGUUCCAAAGAACGCAAAGUGUGGCUCCCGUGAGUAUCCCGCGAGUGUACGGGGGAUAUUAUCAUGUAUCCCCGAUCGCAGCCCUCCUUUGAGGGUUAAUUUUCACCGAUCUCCGACGUCUCAGGUUCCCGACCCCGCUGUGUAACCGUGCACCCUGGAACUAGAUCUAACUGCGUCUCUUCUUAAGGGAUCCCCGAUCUCGGCGCAAAGAGUUGGUCCCAGCUAGGACCAACCGUGUACCACAUCCCCGCGCUGAAAGAGGACUCGAAACCUCGCAAGGAUGCGGGACCGGCUAUCGUGGUACAUGGUCUUUCUGAUCCUACCGACAAUUCUUCUGGCCAGGUCGCUCGAUAAAGAAAAUUUUUUUUCAGAUCGACGCGUCCCGUACAGUAUACCGGCAGACUGGAAGGCGUUGUGGUUCAGCAAUCUGGACGAUCUGCAAAGAGUGAACGAUGCGAACGACAACAACACCGUCUCGAACGUCACCGUGCAAUUGGGCGGGACCGCGUUUUUGCAUUGCAAAGUUCGCAAUUUGGCAGACAGAACGGUAUCCGACGCUGAGAUAUCCUGGAUACGGCGACGUGACUUCCAUGUGUUAACCAGCUCCACGUUCACGUACACGAACGACGAGCGGUUUCAAGUUUUGCAUCCCGAGGGCUCGGACGACUGGACUCUUCAGAUCAAAUACGUUCAGGACAGAGACAACGGGACCUACGAGUGUCAGGUCUCGAGGAGUACAGGGAUAUUAUCGCACUUUGUCAAUCUAAACAUAGUUAUACCAGAAGCGUUUAUAUUAGGGAGCGGCGAGCAUCACGUCGACGUAGGAUCCAUUAUAAAUCUCGUAUGCAUAAUAGAAAAGAGUCCAACACCGCCGCAAUAUGUUUUCUGGUAUCAUAAUAAUCGAAUGAUAAAUUACGACACUACGCGAGGCAGCAGCGUAACCGUACAAACCGAUUCCAGCUCGACUCAAAGUCGGCUGACGAUUCACCAAGCGGUUGAAUCGGACACAGGCAAUUAUACGUGCAGCGCCUCGAAUACCAAACCGGCAUCCAUCUAUGUCUUUGUCACAGAAGGUGACAAAAUGGCAGCCAUACAGCGGCGCAAGACGUCGGCCGCGAAGAAAAAUUUCUGUGAAUUGCUAGUACUAAUUGUCACAAUUGCGAUAGAGGUCGUUUUAACGCGAUAAAGCGUUUCUCUUCGAUAUGUCCAUUAUUAUUACCGUUACUUCCGUUUGUGAUAGAUAGGCUACUAUUUCUGCGAUUUUAACCCCUCUUCUCUAUUCAUCCUCCUCCUUUCCCAUUUGAAAGUUGAACAUCGUCGUAUCCCGAUAUUUCUUAUUUUUUUCUCUCCGCGAAGAUUCUUUUUUUUUUUAAUACGAUAUUUAACAUUUUAUAUAAUUUUCAAUUUCUCCAUGCCAUCGUCGUUAUCUUCCCAUUCCUUCUUCCCAUAUCCCUUCUUUCGUUUCUUCCUUCCGUUCCAAAUUAAAUCGCGUUCGUACAAUCUCGUUAAGUCUCUUGUCGACCCGUGUCAUCCUCAUCCUGUAAUAUUUUCUUUUCGAUCGUCGAAACUGAAGCCGCCGGUGGCUCGAAUUUAUUUCGACAUACGAGAUUUUCAUGGUGGAUCGUUCUUGCGUGUCUUGUCCACGUGUUCUUUGACGCGCGACUGAUGUUGUAGGGAAAAAAAAAGAUCUUUAUCGGUAAUCACAAUUUCUCUCUCUCUUUCUCUUUCGCUCCUCUCCCUUCUCUCUCCAUCUCGAGUAGAAUUUGUUCGUUAAUUCGAAACCAAUACGCGGAUAUUUUCCUUCCCGUCGCAAAAAGUAUUUUCGGGGGAACGAAACUGAGAGAACCAAAAAACUCGAGAUGCGUAUCGACUGUCUCAGUUACAAUCAUCCAAGAGGGAAUGAGAAUCAAUAAUGUGCAAUAAAAAUUUAUAAGUAUACGUGAUUGAAUAAAUAAAGAAAAACGAAUCGUAACGUGUCCUAUCUUUGUUCGUUGUACAACUUUUUUUUUUCUUUUCUUCAAUACCUGAUAUCGACUCUUUAUUAUCAGAAAAGGAAAAAAGGGGGGGAGGAAAAAAAGAAGAAAAGAAAAUAAAAAGAAACGAAAUCUGUGAUCGUGUCAGUUUUUAUAUACAUAUAUAUAUAGCCGUUUUACAGAUUCGCUGUAAGAUUAUUUUUUCGAAAGCGAAAAAUUCCAAUUGAAGUCUUAUUAUUCGGCGGGCACAUUCGCGUGGAUCUCUUUGGGAAAAUGGAAUGGAUUGAUUGUAAUCGCGAUAUUUUUCGAGAAGCAAUAUGGAUACGUCACGUCGAUUUAACUUUAAAAAAAAAAAAAAGAAGAAGGAGAAACGACGAUAAAAAUCCUCCCUGAUUCCGUUUCAAAUAUAAUCGUGCAGAGCAACACGUUGUGGCAGUUUUCCACGGCACACGUUUUUGCGCGGCUCUCGUCGAAACGAACACGGACACGGAAUUAAUCACGAGAGCGUAUUGAUGUAUUCAAAGUUUGAAAUUUCGACGGUUUUACGACGAGCAUCGAAACGAAUUCGCGCGGAACUGCAAUGUACUUCCCUCCCCCCCUCCUACCAUUCACGCGCGUUUCCUUGUCGUUCGAUUAAUCAUCGCAAGAUGAUGUUUCAAUCCCAGUUCUGUACUUCCACCGCGAAUCUAGCCUAUAUCCUUCUUUUUUGUAGUUUCAUAGGUGCAACAGUAUCGUAGAGAGAGAUCGGUGUUUCUUUCUACCGUGUGAAUUUCUUAUCUUCCCUUAAUUAAUUAAUUAAUCGUUAUUACACCAAAGUGUAUAAAUUGUACGCAAACAUUGGAAGAUCGAUCAAACGAAAUUUUUUUCUUAAAUAAUUUACAUUAUAAGAUUUUUGUUUUUGUUUCGAGUUUUUAUUUUAGAACGAGACUGUGAAUGACAAGAUAUUUUCGUUUCAACGUUGAUAGAACAAGAAAUACGACCAUUGAAAAUUUUGUACUUUCGAUACGAAUUUAUGCGGUCUCCAUGAAUGAUUGUACGACAUGUAUGUAUUUUUAAUUUGUCCUCCGUUUAAAAUGAGCCAAGGAUUAAAAAAAAAUUAGUAACGAUGAAAGGAAACAGGUUUUUUUUUCCUCUACACAAUUUACCAAUCGACUAUCUUGUAGGAAUUGUUGUUUUAACGACAUUUCGUCUGCAUUUGAUAAUCAUUUGUUAACGAUUUGUUAACAUAUAUCGUGAAAAAGAGAAAAAAAGUAAAAAAGUUUCUUGUUUUCGAUUGAGGAAAGGGAGCGGGAAGAGAGGAGAAUGGAAAAUCGCGAAAAUAGAAGAGAACUUAAAUGCGGACGAAAGGUUAAAAAAAAAAAAAAAAACAGGGA